GGUCUUCCACGCGCCGCUGGUUCACUCUCAAACGAAAACAGCUUGCCACCGACCGUCCCUGUCAGACACAAUAUGUCCUUAGCAGAAGGCACUUCAGACAACGAGCAUACAAGGAGCACUCAGGAGGAAGAUCAGAACUCACAGACCACUCCUACUGGUACCAAGAAGAAGAACGAUAAAAGACAGAUGUCAGACUCUUACAUGUGGAAGGAACAGAUCCAUACUCUGAUGAAGGGCGGAGAGAGUGAGUCCGAUAUCUCGGACUCCGAACACUUCCUCACUAAGGGUGCAUUCCUCCUCACUCCCUCUCACGGCCUCAGCAUGGAGAAAGCCUCGGCCAUCUGCGAGAAAAUGGAGUUCAAAGGGUGCUUCUCCCUCACGAAGACAGCCACUGGCAUACUAUUUAAAUUCUCCAGCGUUGAUGACUACCAGAUGGUCUUCAAGAAAGGUUUCCAUAAAGUUACUGGAUCCAGGUUUUAUAGGAAGAUUGCAAUCCCAUGCAGGCCUCAGAAGACCUUUACUAUCUACGUUUACGACAUUCCUGAUGAGGUCCCAGAGGAGGACGUUCGCCACGCCCUCUACAAGUUCACCUCGGUCGUGGAAGUGGUGCGCCUCCACUUCUCCGGCUCCCCCAAGGAUGGAAACACUGGUUGGUACAGCAUAGGAACCUCAACUCCUAAGCCCUUGGAGAAGACGAGCUCUCGUGCCCUCACGACCAUUGAUGGCGAGCUGGUCAGUAGCAUGAUCCCCAAGGAGGCUACCAGUGUGAUCCGUGUCACCCUCGCCAACAUCGAGGAAGCUAACAUCCUGCUGCAGAACGGGCUGGACUUCUACGGAGCCACGUUCUUUCCUACUGAGCUCGCGACGCCAGGCCAGGCUGCUAAGCUCAUCAAGCCCAGCAGUUUGGUUGUCCCCAGGGUCACGGGCGGCACCGUCUCAGCCAGGGUCCGUGAUCUUCUGCCAGUGUUCGACCAGCAAGGCUUCACCAAGUUCGCCCCACCAGCAUCACGCCUGGUCAAACCAAGAUCCAAGUAGACGACCAGUACCUCGCCUGUCAUUGCAUGAUAUCCUACGAAUCACUGCGAACUGCGCUUUCGUCAGAGUUCGCUUGCCAAGAACAUUCUCAGAGCGCUCGCGACAGAAUUUAAGCGAAGAUUAUCAUUUUUACAGUAAUUAAUGUGUCUGACAAAUAACAUGCAAUACAGGAGCUACGAUGGAAGAACGCAUUGGACAAGGAAAUCGAAACGAAAUAAAUAACAACAUUAAUAUUUCAUAUUUAGGAUGAUUGUUUAAUACCUACUAAUAAUGUACAUAAACAUGUUUCAAUAUACAAUGUAUGAUUCAUUAGAAACCAUGUACUUAAUCAUAUGGCAGAAAGUACCGAAAUGCAUUUAAUAUUAUAUUUAACUUAACUAAAUAAUGUGCCAUCACAUAGACACUAUUUUUAUAAUCUGUUUUGUUACCAGUUCGUAAUAAUAAUGUUAUUUUCUACA